GAAUCCUCCGUUCCUAUUGGUCCCAGAUUGCGUCAAUCCCAGUCACCUUAGUGACUCAUGUGGGAGUUCCCUCACUGGAGUCGGGGAUGGAAAGGAAAAGGCUUUUCUCAAGCGGAAUGAAGGUCUGCAGUGUGUCGGUGUGUGAGUAGCAGGUGGGAGCAUGGCUGUAGCGUUCCUCACUGGUAAGGAUGCUCACUCCGUCCUGAAGCGUUUCCCUCGAGCCAAUGGCUUCCUGGAGGAGUUACGACAGGGGAACAUCGAGAGGGAGUGUGUGGAGGAGAGCUGCAGCUUUGAAGAGGCCAAUGAAGUGUUUGAGAACAAAGAGAGGACGAUGGAGUUUUGGAAAACCCGCAGCGUCUACACAGUGAACAGUAACAGCGAGGGCCGGUCCGAGCGCGCCGACACCGUCUAUAUGGUGGUUCCUCUGCUGGGCGUGGCCCUGCUCAUCAUCAUCGGCCUCUUCCUGCUUUGGAGGUGCCAACUUCAGAAGGCCACGCGUCGACGGCCCGCCUACACCCAGAACCGCUACCUAGCCAAUAACCGCAGCACCCGCAGCCUCCCGCGCAUUCUGGUUCACCGGGAAACGACGGGGCACUCUGACAGCUCACACGAGUCCAACUCACGUCCCACUGUUGUGGUGAGCGGAGCUGAGAGAGGAGGAGGAGGAGGAGGAGGAGGAGGAGGAGGAGGAGGUGGAGGAGGAGACUCCCACGGCCUCCACCAGCAGAACACUCGUGCUCUCUAUGUCCAGGACUUGUCUCUGUCGGUGGCCUCCAGGCUGUCCGGUGCUACACCUCCUCCGUCCUACGAAGAGGUGACAGGACAUCUGGAGAGCAGCGGUGACGAAACCUCUGCGCCUUCAUACAGCGACCCCCCACCUAAAUAUGAAGAGAUCAUAAAAGAGAAAUGAAGAUACGAACGGAACGGCUGAGAAGGCCGAGGAUUAAGUAGCUCCUGCUUCAGUUGGUGCUGCUGGCUAUCGGUUGCUCGAGUCUUUGUAUUUUUUGGUUUCUUUUCUGUGACGUUUCACACAUGGAUGCAGCCUAAAGCCCUCAGGAUUAUUGUUCUUAGUUUGCCCUGAUCACCUCUUUACACGCUUGAUUUCUUUGGUCUUCAUUUUGCUUUGGCAAACAGCACACUUGGUCCCUGGUGCAGCCACAGCAGGGACCACAUGUACAAUGAAGUGUGCGGAGAUUACUUGGCAAGCAGGACGCUCACUCCUCCGUGUCCGGCCCUUGUAGCACGCCAGGAAAGCAGCCGGGUCCAGGCCGAGCGCAGGACGGCACCGUGGGUUUGGUGACUUUUACACCUGCUGAACAGUCAGAGCGACUGCAAGGCUUCUGUGCUGACAGGCUGGCUCUGUAUCGUUUCUUAUUUAACAGUGCAGUCACUGCUCUCUGAACGUGGUGCUUGUAGUGCUGUGCAUAAUCUAUGAAUUCUUAAAACUGUAUGUGGGUUGAUAGUGGAUGUAUUGGGACAGUGAGCCAAAGUUUAGUUGUGUUGGGAGUUUGUUUUACUGUUAGUUUGGUUUUCACAGCAUCUUAAAUACAGCUUUGUAUUGGCAAGAAUCUGCCAGCACAACAUUUAUGAUAUUAGGGUUAUUAAUAUUGCAAAAUGUUCCGUUACUGUAAACAAGGUGGCGAUGGAUGUCAUAAAGAAGCAACAGAAUUAAGUAAAUAAAUUAGUGAAUUAGACUAGGAUUCAUUUUCCAGUGACCCUUCAACUCCAGAGUUACAAGCUAAGAUGUAGCAUAAAUGUGCACUGCCAGCAUUUACAUUAGCAAAUGAAUCUGUAAAUAAUUUUACCACCAGUGGAUGCAAUUGAAAAUGUUUCAAAUGCAUCCAUUUCACUCUUCAGUCUACCUAUCCUAGUGUGUGUGAAGUUAAUGUUCCUUAGUAAAUUCAGAAGGUACAUUUGUUUAAUGUUAUCCUUUAGCUGUAGCUAACGGUGCAGCUUCAGAAUGAUGUCUUGUUAAGUUCUCUCAGAUUUGUUACACUCCUUUUGAUUUUGGCCUGGCACAUUUUACAAACACCAAGGCUCUUGACAAUCUCUACAGUGCUUAUUUUGUUUUUUUAAGCCAAAAUGAGCCUGCACUUCAGCCAUGUACACCUCAGGAGCUAGUCCAGUCCUUUACUGCCUCAGCUAUUGCGGAAUUAAAAUACUAGUUUGCUAAUGCUAAUAUUAGCAGUGUGCCUUUACCCUACUUACUGCCGAAUACAGCAACUGCUAUCUAAACACAACACCAAAUGAACCACUAACGUUUGCAUGUAAAAUGUUAAGAUAGAGCUGCUUCGCACCAAACAGGAAUUUUUGUGCAAAAAUUUUGCACAGGAACAAAUUCAGUAAUUUUUUUAGGAAUGCAUUGUGAAAAAUUAGUACAGGGAAGAAAUUUGGAUUUCUGCUAAUUUCCACAUAUGGAGUUAUACAUUUGACAAAUUGUUCCAAAUAAUGUUAUUAACCCUUUAAGUACCAAAGUCACAAUAUUGUGACAAGCAACAUAACUGAAUGAAACAGACAGCUUUUUGAAAUCUUGAUGUCAAAAUGUAAUACUUAA